AAAGUGGAAACCAAGAAUAAAUUAAUGGCAAAAAAGAGGCCCCACACGAACGUCUUUUUUGUUUUAUCAUCUACUCAUCUUUGAACUUUUCUCUUCUGACUUGACAUCACAUUUGAUUCUCUCUGCGAAUCCAUCACCAUAUAUAUCACACCACUCAUCCUUUUAUUUGAUCUUUUCAAAAAGAGUUAAAAACUCCAUUAAAGAAAGUGAUAUUCCAUUCUCCUUACCAUACACGCCUCUUCAUCUCCCAGUCCCCUCAUAACAUCACACCUGGAACUCAAAAUCACUUCACCUUUCAUAUACUGGUCACUACUCCCAGUUCAGAUCACCACUCAUUCCUUGUUCCGAGUGCGUAGAAGCAGAGAUACAGUCUUUAUAAGCUCAAGAAACAGAGCAAUCUUGGAGAUGGGUCAUGUUUUUCCCAUCUUCAUUCUUUCUAUUCUGCUUUCAACAGCUGGUGCAGAGAUCUCAGGCAAGGUGGGUGUCAACUACGGUCAGUUAGGGAACAAUCUCCGAUCUCCGUCGCGUUCUGUGGAGCUAAUCAAAUCACUGAAAGCCAAACGCGUCAAGAUCUACGAUGCCAACCCAAAAAUCCUCAAUGCCCUCAAAAACACAGACAUCCAAGUCUCAAUCAUGCUACCUAAUGAACUCAUCGUCAACGUCUCCUCCAGCCAAAAUUUCUCCGAUUCCUGGGUCAAAACCAAUGUCGUUCCCUUCUACAAGGAGACUAAAAUCCGGUACCUCCUCGUCGGUAACGAAAUCCUUUCCUCCUCAGACAAUGCAACCCGAAUCAAUCUCGUACCGGCCAUGCGAAGAAUGAAGUGGUCAUUGAAAACCCACGAACUACACAAAAUCAAGGUGGGAACUCCAUCGGCAAUGGACGUCCUGGAAUCGUCAUUUCCGCCCUCAAACGGCACGUUCCGUUCCGAUAUUUCGGGUCCGAUCAUGAAGCCGAUGUUGAGAUUCUUGAACCGAACUAAAUCGUUUUUCUUUCUCGAUGUGUAUCCUUACUUCCCUUGGGCUCAGGAUCCGAAAAAUAUUGAUUUGGACUACGCACUCUUUGCGGCCAAGAAUCGGACUUACUCCGACCCCGGAACAGGCUUAACCUACACUAACCUGUUCGACCAAAUGGUGGACGCUGUAAUUUUUGCAAUGAAACGUCUCGGAUACCCCAAUAUCCGGAUCUGGAUUGCAGAGACGGGCUGGCCCAAUGGUUGCGAUAUAGACCAAAUCGGAGGCAACAUUUACAACGCCGCCACUUACAACCGUAACGCCAUCAAGAAAUUCACCUCCGACCCAGCCGUAGGCACUCCUGCUCGACCAGGUUGGGUCCUACCGUCGUUUAUCUUUUCCCUCUACAAUGAGAACCAGAAGCCGGGCCCGGGAACGGAGCGGCAUUUCGGGUUACUGUAUCCGAACGGCUCGAACGUGUACCAGAUCGAUUUGAGUGGGAAGACGCCAGAAUCCGAGUACGAGCCGUUACCGGCGCCGACGAAUAACGAGCCGUACAAGGGGAAAAUCUGGUGCGUAGUGAAGAAGAAUGCAAAUAUGAGCGCCGUAUCAGGUGCUUUAUCGUACGCGUGUUCACAGGGAAACAAAACCUGUGAUGCGAUCCAGCCCGGUAAGGCAUGUUACAAGGCCAAGUCUCUGUUUCGGCUCGCUAGCUACGCGUUCAGUUCGUAUUGGGCCCAGUUUAAGAAGAGUGGUGGAAGCUGUGAUUUUAAUGGGCUUGCCACGCCGACCCCUAAAGAUCCAAGUGCCGGAUCCUGCAAGUUUCCAAGUGUGACUCUUUGACCGACGUGUUGUCCAUUUCAUCUGCACCAUUUUAUUUUAUUUAUAUGUUUUUUUUUUAAAUUUAUUUUGUGGGUUAUUAUCCAGGGUAGUGAUUUGGGCGCCCCUUUUUAUAUUCCCAUUUUUUUUGUCAUAAUUUUAGGCCAAUCUUGUUUAGAAGUCAAAUCCUCAGUUUAAGGAGAUUUUGUUUAGCUGCUACUAAUGUGCCAAUGUAGUUGGCAAGGAUUUUGGCCCCCUUGGGCCUUGGGAAAAUGGGCGCCCAAAUCACUUAUGAGUUGUGACUUGUUCUUCAAUACUAGCAUUCUUUGCAGU